AUGGCAAAGCUUCUCCAAACCCUAAUUCCAGUACUUUCCUCCAUAGUCUUGCUUCUUGCGACCGCCAACACGGCGCGGUCGCAGACGACCUCCUUCACGUAUGAUUUCUACGGCCAGCAGCCGACCGACCUAAUCUACCAAGGCGACGCUCACUUCCCAUCCGACUCCACCUACCUCCGUCUGACCAACACCGACAACUCCGGCAACCCAUUAGGGGCCCGCGUUGGCCGAGCCGUGUAUUCCAAGCCGGUCCAAUUUUGGGACACCGGAGCGCAGGUCGACCUCGAAACAACCGUAAAAUUCAUCAUCAAACCCAAAAGCGGCGACUCAAAUCCAGGCGAUGGCUUCACCUUCUUCAUCCAGCCUGUUGGCUCCCCAGUCGGAGCCGCCGGCGGCAGCUUUGGAAUCUUCGACGAUUCUGGUAAAAAUCCGUCCGUGUUUGCGGUGGAAUUCGACAUCUUCGUUAACGGCAGAGUGGAUCCGAGUUAUCGUCAUGUUGGGAUUGACAUUGGAUCACAAGUUUCCAAAAACACAACCAACGUGGGCAACGCAAUUCUCGGGCAGGAGGUGACUGCCCGCAUCAACUACGGGCAAGCUUCCAAAUUGAUCAGCGUUCACGUGACGGCAGGCUCGGAAAGUUAUGAGGUGAGUUAUGUGUACGACUUUAGCACCAUUCUUCCUCAGCAGGUUGAAGUCGGACUCUCCGCCAGCACAGGAGGCGUAGUCGCCAUCUUCGACGUCAUAGCUUGGUAUUUCACUUCCACUCUUGUUCAUACCAACGCCAACAAUCGACAGUAUGUGUGA